AAGCGGCGAAUGAAAGUUAUUAAUUUUAAUGAUCUUAACAAUCGGCGAUGACAUCGACACUGCAAUUAGCUCACGCUCGCUCAACAGCCGUGGUACGUGAUCAACUCUGCGGUCGACCACUAGACUGUACGUAUUACGGUCCGCCAAACGCCACAACACGUCCCGCCGGAGUCUUGUAUCGAGGGCCCGAGAAACGGUGAGAACGCGCGAUCAACAGCACUCGGGGGUCCGACCCGGGAAAGCGUGAACAGGGUCCGGCCGCACCGCGGCAGAAACGUGCGGUGCGCGACGACACACGGAUAACGAGCACAGGUAACGGGCGAGCGGGUAUCCCUCCCCCCCUCAGAAGAAUCGCGUCGCGAGCGGAACCCGAAACGCGCGGGAUGACGCUCGACCGCAGGAUCGUCACGCUGUUGGCGUGCUUGACCGUGGGCACCGUUGUCGGCGUCUGGUACGCGGUCACGCACCACGAACGAACGCAGUCCUACGACGACGACGACAACGACACGGACGCCGAGCCCGGAACGUUUGCGAGCACCUCGCUCAAGUCCGUCACCGUGGUAUUCCGCCAUGGAGAUAGAUCGCCAGCUUUCGAUUACAAAACUUUUCCCAACAUUUACGAGAAUAACUUUCCUGAAGGAAAAGGGCAGUUAACAAAGAUAGGAAAACAGCAUAUGUACCAAAAAGGAAAACUGUUCCGACGUUUAUACAAUGGAUUCAUUAGUGAUUUGUACCUUGACCAUGAGAUUUUAGUCAAAACUACCAAAUAUAGUCGAACUUUCAUGUCAGCAGCAAUGGUUUUGGCUGGAAUGUAUCCGCCAAAAUAUUAUCAAAAGUGGUCCUUCUCGGAAACAGUGUGGCAGCCUAUACCGAUUUCCAAUGACUCGCCAGAUCAAACAAUGUUGUUUCGUAACGGUUCAUGUCCGUACACAAUCUGGUUUAUGAAAAAUGAUAACGAUGUCAUUAUCAAUAAUUAUAAUGAAACCCAAAUUGAGGAACUAUUGUCACAUUUGUCUGAAAAAUGUGGAAUACCAAUCAAUAUUGAAGCAAUGUUUGACUUAUACGAUCUAUUUAAGUCCAUGAUAUCCAACGAAUUGCAAUUGCCAGAAUGGAUCAACCAUGAACAAUUUCAAUUAAUGGAAUUAAUUUACUACGAACAAACAAGAAGAGUUUAUAAUAAUAAAAAAAUACAAAAUAUAAUUAUAGGACCUCUGAUAAAACAGAUUAGUUUGAACAUGGAAUUACAAUCAAAUAGUCCAGACUACAUUAAAACAAAAAAUAAUAUGCAUCUUUAUGCAGGGCAUGAUAUGACUUUAGGAACGAUGAUGUAUUUUCUAGGCAAUAAUAAAAUAAAAUUACCUGAUUUCGGUGCCUCGGCACAUUUUCAUCUAUAUUUGAACAAAACAAUAAAGGUAUUCUACUAUAAUAAAUGGGAUAAUGAAAACGGAGAAGAAAUGUCAAUUCCAAAAUGUGGUUAUUCUUGCAAUUUAGAUGACUUCGUAAACCUUAUUAACAAUGAAAUGUCUACAGAAUGGGAACAAGAUUGUCAGAUAGAAGGGAACUAAAAUGAUUUAUUCGUCACAUUUUGUAAAAAAAAAAAAAAUUAAUAAUUAUAAAAACAGCAUGUUAACAUAAUA